UUCCCGGCUUCCCCCCUUCGGUCUGCAAUCUCUUCGCCUCCUUCCUCCUCCUCCCUCGUGGUUGAUCGUUCCGCCUCUUUCUCCAUCACGGACUCGUCUGGGUCGUGGCGCUUGUCUCUUUCUCUUCCGUCUUCUCCUCCAGGUGAAGCUCGCCGAGUUUCUUCUUUUGUGGUCGCCAUCGUCUCUCUCUCCCUCUUAGUGAAGCUCGUCUUCUCGUUAUCAGUUUUGCAUCUCGGCAUCUCCUUCUCUGUCCCUGUUCGCUCUACCCUCCCUGUUCUGCAUUUUCGAUUCUUUCGAGUUUGGUUAACCUUGCUCAAUUGUGAUGAAGCGGGUGAAGGCAAUGUAUGGUUUCCUCAGAACCGUCGAUUCUUUAUGCGCUGGCCAAGUGCGCGUUCCUCGAUCAUUCAGCCAUCAGGCGACUCGCUUCUCUCUCUAUACUACUUCCCUUGAGCCUCGGCACCAUGCUUUUCAUCCUACUAGCUUUACUCAAAAGCUGUACUUAUCAUCAAAACCUAACUCUAUUGUGGAGCUUCUUUUAGCCAACGAUUGGUCCGAUGGGUUGGAACGCGAGUUACAGAAAUCUUGUCCCUUUAUGACGCAUGAAACUGUUGUCUAUAUUUUGAAGAGACUUGACAAAAAUCCAGAGAAAGUUUUUAGCUUCUUCAACUUGGUUAACGAGAAAAACAUGUUUACACCAAGUUCAUCAGUGUAUAGCUUACUGCUUAGGAUUUUAGCUACUAAGCAGACAAUGAAACAAUUCUGGAUAACUCUAAGGAUGAUGAAGGAAAAAGGCUUUUUCAUUGAUCAGGAGACAUACAUGACAAUUUUAAGGACACUUAAGAUGGCAAAGAUGGAGAGUGAAUCUGUUGCUCUCACCCACUUCUAUAAUCGGAUGAUGCAGGAAAGUGCGAUGGGAAAUGUUAUUGCCAAGGUGGUUGAUGUCAUUGCAGGAUCAGAAUGGACUCCUGAGGUUGAGAACGAUCUGGCAAAGCUUAAAAUUCUGGUGUCUGAUAAUUUUGUUUUAAGGGUUUUGAAAGAACUUCGAUAUUGCCCUUUAAAAGCCUUCAAAUUCUUUCAAUGGGCUGGAAAGCGAUCUGAUUAUGAGCACAGCACGGUGACUUAUAAUGCAAUUGCUAGAGUUACUGCAAGAGAUGAAUCAAUCGAGGAGUUUUGGAGUAUUGUUGAUGAGAUGAAGAGUGCGGCUCAUGAAAUGGAUAUCGAUACUUAUGUAAAAAUAUGUAGGAAUUUCUUGAAGAAAAAGAUGAUUGAGGAUGCUGUCAAGCUUUAUGAGCUUAUGAUGGAUGGCCCAUAUAAGCCAUCUACUCAAGAUUGCAGUAUGCUUUUAAAAUGGAUCUCUAGAGGUGAUCCCCCAAAUUUAGAUUUAGUGGAUCGAGUUGUGAAUAAAUAUGCGUCAACUGGGCAUAUACUCUCAAAGUCAAUCUACGAUGGUGUCCACAGAUCAUUGACAGGUGCUGGGAAAUUUGAUGAAGCGAAAAAGAUUGUUGAGGUUAUGCGAAAUGAUGGCUAUGAGCCUGAUAACAUCACCUACAGUCAAUUUGUUUUUGGACUUUGUAAAAUGGGAAGACUUGAAGAAGCGUGUAGAGUGCUGGAUGAUAUGGAAAGUUGUGGAUGCAUUCCUGAUAUCAAGACUUGGACUAUUUUGAUCCAAGGGCAUUGUGCUGCCAAUGAAGUUGAGAAGGCAUUACUUUGUUUUGCAAGGAUGAUUGAGAAGGGCGGUGAAGCAGAUGCUGAUCUAUUGGAUGUUCUUGUUGAUGGUUUUCUUAAUGUGAAGAAAAUAGAUGGUGCACACAACUUGCUUUUAGAGAUGAUUGGUAAGUGCCGUGUAUCUCCAUGGCAAGCUACAUACAAGAAGCUGAUUGACAAGCUAUUAGAGGUCAGGAAAUUUGAUGAGGCACUGGACCUUCUUCGUUUGAUGAAGGAACAUAACUUCCCUCCAUUUUCUGAACCCUUUGUGAAGUACAUAUCAGAGGUAGGAACUGUAGAGGAUGCCGAAGAAUUUCUGGAGGUUUUGAGUGUGAAAAGUUACCCGUCCUUUUCAACUUACCUUCGUAUAUUUGAAUCCUUCUUCAAAGAAGGCAGGCAUUUUGAGGCAAAAGAUCUGCUUUACAAGUGCCCGCCUCAUAUACGUUCGCACCAUAAAAUUUGUGAACUUUUUGGUUCUGCGAAGAGCAGCACAGCUGCUUCUGAAUCCCUAGAAAAAGUUUCCCCAGCAUGUAACAAACUUUCUUCAAACUACACACAAAAUAAUUUGUAAGGGGGAUGUAUUUCACACAAGAUUAGUUAGAGUUAAUAAUGUUUCCGGGGUAUUUACUCUGAACCUGGUUAUUAUUAUUAUUGGCUUAUUAAAUUU